AUGGCAAUAGACGACCAUCCAGCCCACUGGCAAGCCACCCUGCUAGGCGUCACCUUCUGGAAAGACGCUGAGUCCUGGAACCAGCCUAUUCACGACUCCAUCGAUGAAGUGCAUGAUCAAACCCUCCACACCCGCUUCCCUUUCAACCUGGUCACCGAGGAGGAAAAGGAAAUCAGUCGUGCUCGCGCAUCUCUCCUCUCAGCUGUUGUUGCACCUUCCCCCGUUGCCAGCAACAACACCACCACCUCCACUCCCACCACCAACAGCAACAGCAGCACCACCAGCCCCGAAAGUCUAGAAACUCCACUGCAGCAUCGUCGCCGCUAUAGCAUGAGCGACGUCCUCACUCACCUUACUGCUACGGACACUGGAACUCUGGAUAUAAUGGCCGGGCCGCGUAAGGAAAAGCGUUCGCGCUCGGAGACGAGGAGUCGCGGAGACCAGAAACAACAGCAGCAGCAGCAGCCGCCGCCGCUCACUCGCUCGUCUAGUACGAACAGCAACAGCCACAGUAGUACUUCGCUGCUUCGCUCUGCGCUGCACCGCAUGAGUCGGAUGAGGAUCGGGUCCGGAGAGGAAGAGCAGCAGCAGCAGCAGCAGGAGGAGAGGGGGAGGCGGAUCUUGGAGACUGUGGAUGGUGCCGAGCAGGCGACACCUACUAACCCUCUGUUGGAGUUCCGUGGCGGCGAGACCUGGGCGCGAUUCCCUCGCAAUCGGCGCAGCUUGGGCAUUGAUGACGAGGAGGACGACGACUACGAAGAAGAAGAAAAAGAGAUCCAGAUCGAAGUCCUCCCGCUAGAACAGAUGUUCCCCCUCGUGCAUUUCCGCCACCUACGCUCCCUGAGGAUCACGGGCAUGGUGCAGUCCUACCAGACAUACAUCUGGCAAGCAGCCUGGCUGAACACGGGCCUCGAGGAGCUCGAGCUUAGCAUGGUGUGCCAGCCUCGUCUCCGCCGGUCGUUCGCAGGCAAGUGGCCCUACAUCAAGGAAGGAUGGACGAUGAAUCCGGUGCAUUACAGUGAGCCUGUUUAUCAUGGCAACGGAACCGGCCAACUCGACCACACCAUCGGCCAAGGCGAGUACCUGGACAAACUCGUCAUGGAAAAGGCCAAGGUGUGCGCCAUGGCGAUCGGGUACACGCGCAACAAGUUCUCAAUCCGCUCGCUGACUCUCACCGGGUUUGUGGUCGACGCGGACCCCUUCCUGCACUGGUUUGACAUCAGGCGGCUCAAAUGUCUGAAUUUCAAGGAUUUCUGUGUGGAUGGGGGCAUGUGGCUGUGCGAGCCGAUGAAGAGGGUUUCAGUCUGGUGGCCGAAGGAGAUCGAUGAGCGGGCUGUUGUCGUGCGCCGGGUGAAUCCACGGGAGGAGGUGAAGGUGGUGCAGUUGAGGGAUGGAAGGAAGGUUGGGGAGAUUCCAUUCACUGGCCCGGAGAGCUUGAAUUUUGAUAAUGUCUAA